AUGAAUACUCCAAAACUUUGUAAAAAUUAUCUUAAAAAAUGCCCAUACUUUUUAAGUCAAUACUCAAAGGAAGAAUUAACAGUUAUAUUUUCAGAUGCUAAUAACGACAAUGAUGACCAUUCAGAAAUAGAAAUUUCUGAAUCAACUACAAAACAUGCCCAUAUAAAAAAAA